CAGAUAAAGGUUAUAGCCUCGAACAGGGGUCCUCAGUCUUAUCCACAAAGGGCUGGUAUGGGUGCAGGCUUUUGUUCCAACCGAGCAGUAACACACAUGCUUCUACUAAUCAACCACUAGAGUCUUUGCCAAGGACCUCAAUUAGAGAAGUGAGUUCUGACGGCUUCUGAGAAGUCAUUAGCGAUCCACUGUAAACACGGAACGAAUGUUUUGUGUUGCGUCGACAACUGUCCUCCUGCAAAUAAUUCUGCCGCGUCAGCGCUGUUUCGUGAGUUCGAUUCACUAUCUGCAGAAAAGCGAUUGAGCGCCUUUCUCACCCGAUAUCAAGAGAAAAUGAACCUGAUAAAAAAUGAAAUGAGGGUCCUGCUUAUGAUUUCACCCGUGAUUCUGUUUGUCUUCUCUUAUUUUGUGUACGUUUAUGACAAGCAAUCGGAAGCUCAAGGAAAGCCGCCCGCUCCAGUGCCUUGUCAUAACCUGCACUCAGCAGUCUCGUCGAGCCCUGUCGCUAAGCAGCAGCCCACUGCCGAAGACGCUACCCAAAAUCUGCCUGCCAGUGAAGAUGCUCCGAGUGAAAUCGGGUCAGAGGAAAGGGCAGCACUCCUGGCCAGCUUGUGGUGGCCUCCGCUCAACAAAACCGUUUCCUCGGUCGCAGAGGCCACCGACGGAGCCAAAUGCUCCUACAGGGUCAUCGACCUCCGGGAAAACUACACCGUCGGAGGCGUUGUCCGCGUAGUUCUGGUCGCUCGGGACGGGAACGGGAGACCCAAAACCCACGGCGGAGACUUCUUCCAGGCCAAACUGCACAAUUCUGGGCUCAAAGCCAGCACAUUUGGCCCGGUGGUGGACCACCUCAACGGGACGUACACGGUCCAGUUCUCCCUGCUCUGGCCCGGCCCCGCCUACGUCUCGAUCCGACUCAUACACUCCAGCGAGGCGGUGCAGGUCAUCCGCAGACAGCGACAGCAGGACCCCGACAAGGUGUGCUACUUUGGGUAUUUUGUGGACGGGAGCAGGACGGAGACGGUGGUCUGCAAUGCUCUGCCGACCCCCUGGCUGGUCGGGGACGGCACGGGCUGCUGCUGCCAGUACACGGACCCGGUGACGCGGGAGUCCUGGUUCUGCCGUCGGCCGCCCUCUCUGCCCUGCCGGGCCCUAAUUUACCACAGCUCGGGCAGAUACCAGGCAAAGCUGUCCAAGUUUGAUGCCAGCAUUCUCCACAAAACAAAAACAAAUGUCAUCCUCCCUGGAAGAGACGCUGUAAUCCAUGUCUUGCCCCAAGAUGAGGAUAUUCGAGACACGCGUCCGCAGUGCAGGCCGGGUCUGGGCACCGCCAUGCCCGCCGGGUUCUACUUCCAGGACCGCUGGACCUCGCUGCAGUGCCGCUCCCGGUCCUUCCCCACCCCGGCGCUGGUGUCGGCCUGCCUGCGGGACAAGCAGGUCUACAUGUUGGGAGACUCCACCCUGCGGCAGUGGUUCGAGUACCUGGAGAGCGCCGUGCCCACCCUGAAGCGGCUGGACCUGCACACGGAGCGCCUGUUCGGGCCGCGCCUCGCCGUCGACCCCCAGAGCAACACCCUGGUGCAGUGGCGGCCUCACGGGCUGCCUGUCCGCAUGCACAGGACCCCCGUGGCGGACCUGCACUACAUCGCCCGGGAGGUGCAGGGCAUGGGGGGCGGGGAGCACACGGUCGUCGUCCUGAACAUCUGGGCGCACUUCACCACCCACCCGCUCGACUACUACAUCCGCCGCCUCGCCACCAUCCGCCCCGCCGUGCGGGCCCUGCUCCAGCGGUCCCCGCGCACCCUGGUGGCCAUCAAGACGGCCAACACCGGCUACAAGGACGUCUACGGCAGCGACUGGCUCUCCUGGCAGCUGGACCUGGCCCUCAGGGCCAUGUUCCGGACCUUGCCCGUGGUCUUCGUCGACGCCUGGCAGAUGACUUCCUGCCACUACUCGCCCGACAACCUCCACCCGCCCAGAGAAGUGGUCAUGAACGAGGUGGACCUCUUCCUCUCUUUCGUCUGCCCGCAGUGAGAGAGCGGAGAGAGCGUGUGUGUGUGUGUGUGACUGUGUGAGUGAGUGUGUGUGUGUGCGUGCGUGCGCGUGCAUGUGCAUGCGUGCACACUUGCAUGUGUGAAUUUGUGUAUUUUUGCAACUACAGGUACAUUUAGGUCCCAAUGAUUUUUGAAAAUCAUGAAAAAAAUGAGGGGAUUUUACAUCAAAUGAAGAUUCUUUUUGUCAUGAUUUAUUUAAAAAAAAAAAAAUUAUGUGUUUACAUGUCAUUUAUGUUGAUUUUAUGGGUCAGAAUAACAGUUACUUGCUUGUCCCACACCUGCUGAGCUUUUUUUUUUUUUUUUACAUGCAUAUUUAAAAUUCAAUAGAUGACCCGGAGAAACGCCUGCAGAUUUGAAUUCCAAACAUUGAUAACUUACUGCCCACUCACCCCGAGUGCCCACUCGCAUAACGUAGCUAGCUGGACAGCUAGAGCUAACUUCCGUACCGUGGAAUGAGCGAUCGCGAGCAGCAGUGGAAAAUAUAAUAUAAAUAUAAUCUUAAAUAAUAAUAAUAAUAAUAAUAACAACAACAAAAACGUUUUAAAAGGUAGAAGCUAACCUUCCACAUUUAAAAAAAAAAAAUUGUAGAUGGGCAGCAUUUUCAAUAAGUGAUGCCAGGGCCUAGCCAUGUUUUUGUUGAAAAGAUAAGAUCUAACUUGUGUUCUAUCAUCAGAUUGUUUAGAACAAAUGCCGCAUUUGACGGUGCUCCGACCUUAUAAAGUGCCAUUUUUAAUGUGUCUGAGCGGUAGUGCGUAAAAGGUUGUGACAUACAGGGUCAGUCUUUUGAGAGAUGCCAAUCAGGUUAGGCCUGGGCCUACCGUUUUUCCCUUAAAAGUGAUUCUCAACGGAUUUCCUACCAGAGGUAACAUUUGGAAUAGGAAGCACUUCUAAUAACACGGUAGAGUCUGGAAUUGCAUCGCCUACUGUGGACCGUCGUCAGGCCGAAGUGUUUUUUUCAAUAUUAAGUGACAGCGCUGCCGGUCACUGUGGUGUUGUGAUUCCUCGCAUUUAUUUUGUUAAGUCAGUACAGUGGCAGCGUUCAAUUAUGAUGCCAAGAUAUUAGGACCUCUAACUGGUUCCCAUCAUUCAGACAUUACCGGGUAAUGUAAUAGCCUUCUUGUCUCAGAGUGAUGGCGGAAGUGUUCAAGACGAAUAAAAUUCCAAGUUGAGCUUUUUCAAAACAGAGGCACGUCGAUUGGUGGGUUGUCAUUCUUGCUGAUCCAGUUAGGGGUGGGGACAGUCAUAUUUUCACCUGCAGCAGAAAAGAUGUGUUAGCGGCUAAACACAAAGAACUGCCUACAACAAUCAUUCCUAGCACUGCAAUAAAGAUGCCAGACAGGCAUUUUCUUAAAGUAAAAACUGCUGGGAGAGAAAACCUGCCGAUCUGGUCUUUGUAGCACCUUGCAGACAGGCUGGUUAUAGAUCCGUGCAUAUUGAUGACCUUUGUACUGUGACACUGCAGGUUGUUUGAUUGCACCUUGUGAGCCUGUCCAUGUUGUCGCAGCCUUCUUCGUUGUGUUCUUAGCAAGAAGUGGUUUCAACUUAACACACACUGGUACUGACCACAGUCAGUAUCCUUCAUGCUGUUUGGAAAAAGUCAAAUAUUCUGUCCAAAUGUUUGUACAAUUAUAAUAAAAUGGCAUAGAAACUCA